AUGCCCUCAUCGUCCUCCUCCUCCUCCACAACCUUUGCCCGGCCCCGGCCAAGACGUCCCUCCGCACGAUCCCGGCGGCCGCUUCUAUUCUCCUGCUCGUUCUCGCAGCAGCAUUGUCUGCAGGCCGCACAAUCGUCGCUCUCCUCCGACACCCCGACAUCAGUCGCCGGCUUUCUCGAAUGGGCCCCGGCCGAAGCUGUCCCGGGCGUCGUUGUCCAUGGCUUCGUCCGGUCCGUGCGCACGAUGAAGAAGUACACCUUUGUCACGCUCGGCGACGGCUCGUCUCUGGCAGCCAUGCAGGCCGUAGUGCCGGCAGAGCUGCUGGCAGCAUCAGCGGUGGCGAAAGUGGGUGAAGCACCCAUCACCAACGGUUGUGCCGUCCGCUUGGAAGGCGCCUGGACACCGUCACCCGGUGCCGGCCAGAGCCAUGAGCUGCACGUCACGGCGUUCCAGGUGGCCGGACCCUCGGACGCCAAGACGUUUCCGAUCCAGAAAAAGUACCAGACCCCCGAGUUUUUGCGGACACUGCCGCACCUGCGGCCGCGCAUCCCCCUGAACACGACGCUGCUGCGGUUCCGGUCGGACGUGGUGGCGUCGCUGAAUCGGUUCUUUGCAGAGCGGGCGUUUGUGCAGACGCACCCGCCACUGAUCACGUCGUCGGAUUGCGAGGGGGCGGGCGAGGUGUUUACCGUGACUGCGGGCCCGUCGUCGUCGACGACGACAGCGACCUCGCCCGACAAUGAAGAGAGCCACUUCUUCCGCUCGCCAAAGUACUUGACCGUAUCGACACAGCUCCACUUGGAGGCGCUGGCGCAGUCGCUCGGCAAUGUCUGGACGCUGUCGCCGACAUUCCGCGCCGAAGCGAACGACACGCCGCGGCACCUGAGCGAGUUCUACAUGCUGGAGGCCGAGGUGAGCUUUGUGGACCGGCUGGACGGCGUCAUGGACCUGGUGGAGGACAUGCUGCGGCAUGUGGCCACCGAGAACCGCGGCGGCCGGGCGUACACGGAGCUGGUGGCAGCUGCCACGUCGGCCAAGUCCAAGGCCCACGACAACGGCGAGGAGGCAGUGGACCUCGAGACGCGCUGGUCGGGCCUGCUGUCGGCCGCGCCGUGGCCGCGCAUCACCUACGCCGAGGCCCUGCGCAUCUUGAGUGACGCGCCGACCGGCACAUUUGAAUUUACGCCGGCUUGGGAGAUGGGCCUCAUGACGGAGCACGAGCGGUACCUGGCGCGCGUCGUCGGCGGGCCCGAGGCUGCACCUGUGUUUGUCACCCACUACCCGCGCGCCAGUAAGGCAUUUUACAUGCUGCCCACGGACGCAGAAGGACCAGCAGACGCGUCGGCCGAUACGGUGGACUGCUUUGACUUGCUGGUGCCCGAAUUCUGCGAGAUCGCCGGCGGGUCCAUGCGUGAGCACCGGCUGGACCAGCUCGUGGCCACCAUGCGGGCCCGGGGAAUGCCAGUACCAGCGGAGCAGGGAGGAAUUCGUGACGGCGAAGUAGGCGAAGCAGGCGAGGCUGACGCCUCUUCUGGCGGGCGCAACGGCCUCGACUGGUAUGUCGACCUCCGCCGUUGGGGCUGCCCUCCGCACGGCGGCUUCGGCGUAGGCUUGGACCGACUCCUCUGCUAUCUGACAGGCGUGCCGACCGUCCGCGACAUGGUGGCUUUCCCCCGGUGGUACGGGCGGUGCGAUUGUUAA